UAAGAGUGUAUGUAUGAAGCACGACAAGCACAAGAAGCCGUACCUCCAUCUAUUCUGUGGAGUGAGUGCAGGAGGUGUGAUAUCUACUCUGUCGUGUCUGUGCAAGUGUGUGUUGAGACUUAGAGUUCGAGUUGCGUCUACUCUGUUGGAGUCGUAUAAUAUUCAACUCUGUAGUGACUGAGGUGGAGUGGGUGUUGGAAUUGUCUCUACUCUGUGGGUGUGAGUCUGAGAGUUGCGUCUAGCAGUGCUCUAUGGGUUCAUAGGCCUAGUGAUGGACCCAACAGUGACUCCCCAAAUAUAUCCAAAGUUAAAAGAUCUGAAUGUAUCUCAAGACGUUUUUAACCCAGGCCACGUAUCGCCUCUAAGGGUGAACUUCCCGUCCGUAAGUGUGUGUUUCCGUGCUGUCGCUAGUGAGCGUACUACUGAACUCGCAAAUGGAUCACGUUACUAGAAAGAAUCGAUCAUGUGGCGUUCGGGAGGAGAUGCGCAUUGCUGGAAGUUUUCGUUCAGAGUACCUAGGGACGUCGGAAAAAGCGAGGCCGAAAACGGACAGAAAAGCUGUCAUGUCUCCUUCGCAGUUCGCAGAUACUCACAGUUCCACCCACUAGGAACUCGAAACGAAACGCAAAAGAACCAUGCCAAAGUCAAGGGAACAUCAUAACAUUUUCAAUUUAGCCCCUUCCACCCCACUCCUGAUUUUAUUCGACCAACGAC